GAUGUCUAUCAGUAGCUCAUUUAUACAACCACAGUUCACCACGAACGCUCUUCAGGGGAUCCGAUUUUAAUUCUUCUGAACCAAAAAAAAAAAAAAAAAAGGAAGAAAAAAAGAAAAUAAAAUAAAAACCUCUUCACACCUUGGAGACAAUGCAUCUGUCUCAGAUUGCGCUGUGUCUCAGCUUGCUGACUGCUUUGGGUCCAGUUGUUCUGAGUGAUCAAGAAACGCACCAGCCACCCUCCACCGCCAGUCCCGCGGACACGGAGCAGUGCGCGACCUGCGACGUCCGGCAGCAGAUUAAAACCAUGCGCUUAAACGCUAUCAAGUCCCAAAUCCUGAGCAAGCUGAGAAUGAAGGAAGCUCCCAACAUCAGCCGCGACAUCGUCAAGCAGCUCCUGCCCAAAGCGCCGCCGCUGCAGCAGCUUCUCGACCAGUACGACGUACUGGGAGAUGACAACAAGGACGUGGUCAUGGAAGAGGACGACGAACACGCAACAACAGAGACUAUAAUGAUGAUGGCUACUGAACCCGAGUCCAUCGUCCAGGUGGAUGGAGAGCCAAAGUGCUGCUUUUUUUCUUUUGCACCAAAGUUUCAAGCCAGCCGCGUAGUUCGAGCGCAGCUGUGGGUGCAUCUGCGGCCGGCGGACGAGGCAACCACCGUGUUCCUGCAAAUCUCCCGCUUGAUGCCGGUCACAGACGGGAGCAGACACAUACGAAUCCGCUCCCUGAAAAUCGACGUGAACGCCGGGGUCAGCUCUUGGCAAAGCAUUGACGUCAAACAAGUGCUGUCUGUGUGGCUGCGGCAACCGGAGACCAACUGGGGCAUCGAGAUCAAAGCAUUUGAUUCGAGGGGGAAAGAUUUAGCCGUGACCGCAGCGGAGCGAGGAGAGGAUGGACUGCAACCGUUCAUGGAGGUGAAGAUCUCAGAGGGCCCCAAGCGAGCCAGGAGAGACUCAGGCCUGGACUGCGAUGAGAACUCUCCAGAGUCCCGGUGCUGCCGCUACCCUCUCACAGUGGACUUUGAAGACUUUGGCUGGGACUGGAUUAUUGCCCCAAAGCGCUACAAGGCCAACUAUUGCUCUGGAGAGUGCGAGUACAUGCACUUACAGAAGUACCCUCACACCCACCUGGUGAACAAGGCGAACCCAAGAGGGACUGCAGGUCCCUGCUGUACCCCUACCAAGAUGUCACCCAUCAACAUGCUCUACUUUAACGACAAAGAGCAGAUCAUCUACGGCAAGAUCCCAUCCAUGGUGGUGGACCGUUGCGGAUGCUCCUGAGUUGAGACAGAGACCCCGUCUUGAAAUGGGGGUGGCCAGAGGGGCUGACCACAGUCUGGUCCCCCCCACCCAAACUUCAGACUUUCUGACACAACCAAUCCACCAGCUCCAGUGCUUUCCUGCAGACCACAGUGCAAUAGAACCAGAGUAGAGGCCAUAAACAGCUGCAGCUUCCUGCAGGGCAGUGCUUCCACCACUUCUCUUUCCUCCAGUCACAUCUUAGCCAUCCAGGCUUGAAGCCAGAUGGAUGCAGGAACACAAAAACAUACACGAACUAAAAUAUGUUGGGCUUUGGAGUGAAUGUAGACAGAAAUGAUCAAAGCUAUCAAAAAAAAAAUGUUUUUGGUUUCCAUUUGUCUUAGUUUUCUGCACUCUAUCCAUUUAGACCAACAUGCUGGCUGAUACUCCAUCUACUCCACUACUCUCCAGUCAUAAUCCAAGAUACAUGCUAUUACACACUUUUUGCAAUGCUUGCUACGUUUGUGAUAAUCAUCUUUUCAGUUAUGUUUUCAGAGAAUCCUCAAGGACUUUUUGAGAGGGGCUUGGAAAACAGUUUGAGACUCGUAAGAGUGACGUUUCACCCUGGUCAAAUGUUCAUGGGAGUGACAAGAGGUAGACAGCAAAACCUUGAAUCACCAUUACCACAGCAGCACCCCAGACACAUCUACAACACUCAUUCUGAAAUUCAUCCGUCCCGUGAUGAGUUCUUUUCUUUUACAGACCGCACUACCACAUCCGACUCAAUCCUCCAAAACUGCCUGACCUGCACGACACACUUGAAUUAUCCUGAUUGUAAAUUCACCUUACUGGAUAGAAGGACUUGAACUGAAGGCACAGUGAAUGCAGCCUACAGAUGAAAAUGUGUUUAAGACAGAGAAAACAGAUUGAGAUAUAUGAAUGUUGAGAUCAUGCUUAAAUCUCUGUCUUACAAACAACACAGUUUGCACUAUGGCACACCAAUAGGAAGAAUUGGUUGCUACAAAAGUUGUAAAAACUGAUUUUGAUAUGUUUGCUAAUUUGUAUUGUAUACAUAUGCAAUUGUUUCCAUUAGGAGUUGUCUUUCUAAGCCACUGAUGGUAAAUGUAUAAAACCACAAUGUAGCAAGAUAAAAAAGAUGUAAUACAGCGAUUCUAUAUACUUGU